AUGGUUUACGUCCGUCAAAAGAACCUCCCGGCUCUCCGGGAGUACAAAUACUCCUCGGUCGACCGGUCGCUCGUGUCCAAGUACAUCUUGAAGCCGUUCUACACAAACUUCGUCAUCAAGUGCUUUCCCAUGUGGAUAGCGCCGAAUCUCAUCACCUUGACUGGCUUCAUGUUCGUUGUCGCCAACGUCCUGACGCUGCUGUGGUACAACCCGACACUCGACCACGACUGCCCCAGCUGGGUCUACUACAGCUGGGCUGUCGGCCUGUUCUUGUAUCAGACCUUUGACGCCGUUGACGGCUCUCAGGCUCGACGAACGAAGCAGUCCGGACCCCUCGGCGAGCUCUUCGACCAUGGCGUCGACGCUCUCAACACCAGCCUGGAAGUCCUCAUCUUCGCCGCCUCCCAAAACAUGGGCCAGGGCUGGAAGACGGUCGCGACCCUGUUUGCAUCUCUCCUCACGUUCUAUGUCCAGACCUGGGACGAGUACCACACCAAGACUCUGACCCUGGGCAUCGUCAACGGGCCCGUUGAGGGCGUCCUCAUUCUUGUCGGCGUCUAUGCCCUUACCGGCUUCCUCGGCGGUGCCCACAUCUGGCAGCGGAGCAUGCUUCGCAGCCUAGGCGUCCCCCAGAAUCUCGGCAUCCCGCCUCAGGUCUACGAGCUUUCCUUCACCGACUGGUACUUGGUCCAGGGCGCCGUCGUGCUCGUUCUCAACACCGUCGAGUCCUCGCUCAACGUCAUCCGGGCUCGCCGUGCCAGGGGUGACCGCUCCCGCGGCGCGCUGCUUGGCCUGCUUCCCUUCUUCGGCAUGUGGGUCCUGAUCGUCACGUACCUCUUCCUCAACGAGGACAUCCUGCACAACCACCUCGUGCCGUUCGUGCUCUUCGCCGGCCUCGUCAACGCCUACAGCGUCGGCCAGAUGAUCACCGCCCACCUCACCAAGAUGCGCUUCCCCUACUGGAACGUCCUCGGCGUCCCGCUGGUCUUUGGCGUCAUCGACUCGCUCGGCCCCUUCCUCCAGCAGCGCUACGGCUUUGGCUGGCCCAGCUCCAUCGGCGACGGCGAGUACCAGGUCGGCUUCGUCUUCCUCAUGUUUGGCACCGCGCUCGGUGUCUAUGGCAGCUUCGCCGUCGACGUCAUCGUCACCAUCUGCGACUACCUCGACAUCUGGUGUCUCACCAUCAAGCAUCACUACGACGAGAGCGGCAACCCGCUCUCCAACGGCAAGACCAAGAACUUUUAA